CUUCCCCAUCAGUCCAGGGGCCACAGUGCACCACCCAUCCCUUUUAUCAAUGCCCCAAUCCCUUUCUGCAUUCUCACCACCAGAUGCCAACCAUGCCCUCCAGGUGGGCACAUGCUUCACCUGUCAGCUGCUGAGAUCAGAAGGUUUGCAGCUGGCAGGAGACAUCUAUGGAGGGGCCCCUGGAACCCGCCCUGUCCUGGCUCAGGAAGGAGCUGUGUGAAAUGCGUCAGCAGGAUCAGAGGUUGUUGUCUCAGCUGAAUGACCUUCAUGGCAGGAUCCGGGAACACCGGCUGGAAGCCGCAUUCUGGGCUAGCCGACACCCCAUUCAGGAGUCGCAGCCAGUGAGAGGGCGCUCCACCUCGGAGGAUAUGGGAACCGCGGCUCAUAAAGACGGCGACUCUCCGACCUCUCUACAGAUUGUACUCCGGAGGAAUUCCGCACCGUGAUUGGUCACUGACAGGCAGCGCCAACCUGGUACGAACUCGGACGGUAACGGAACUCCGUAUAUCACAGGCGGAGGACUUUGUACAAUGGGAUUGAAGAACGUUAUAGGAGGUUUUAGUAUCUGUGGCCUAGAGAUCGCAAUUCCUCGCUAAAACUUCUAAGUUGCAAUGUAAAGCUUGAAGAUAACAAAAGCCAAUCAGCACACACAGGCUUUUAUUUAUUGUCUGCCAUUUAUCAUCACCCAAUGGGAUGACCUCCAUGCAGACGCUUCACGGGAGGCAAUAAUGGUAAUUAGGGUCGCUCCCAUUGGAUCAUCCAAUUAUGAAAUAAAUACCACGAUGGUUCAUUUUCAUUAUAA